AACAAUACCAUUGAAGUGCAAUACAUUUUAUUAAACAAAUUGUGCAAUGUGCUAGUUAUGAAACGAAUGCCAACACUCAAGCUACCUACUGAAUAAAUGACCAUGCGAAUGUUUAGACAAACAAACGUUGCGGAAAAAAAUGGCAAACCUUUGGUAACACCGGACAUGGACGGUCGUUUUUAUCAAACGGUUACCGCCGUACCGGCGAUUGUUCUCGAAGAGAGCCCCAAAUCUGCCGAAGUCAAAAGAAAGUUGAUUACUUGGGGCAGGAAAAUGGGCAAGCGGCUGGAAGGGCUGCGGAAGAGUGAGUCCCGUGAUUCUCUAGACAGCCUGUCGUCCAGGGACAGCGUGACCAAACAUCAGCCAGCGGUGUGGCCGUUAGGGCAGCCGUCGUCCACCGAGAAAUCAUCUUCGUCCACGCUGAAAGGGUUUUUUACGCGUAUCGGGUCCACCGGAAUGCUGAGCUACUCACGGCUGUACAGCAACAGCUUCCGGGACAAGCUGCAGCAAUCCAGGAAGCAAGCCGAGUGUCAGUUAUACCGGAGCGUGUCCACGUCCCACCUGGCCACGUCGUACAUGAAGGGUGAUGACCCGGCCGACUGCCUAGACCGCGGAGAGCCCCGGACGCUCGCGGCCGCCGACCGUGGCGCCGAGAUCGAGUCACCCACCGAGCCGGGUUACGUGCCGUUGAAGACCAGAAGUUGCGACAAUAUAUCMAAGUUGGGUACCACCAAGAAGCCAAAUUUCCCGUACGCGUUCCUCAGGUCUAAGCUAUCAGUGCUGCCCGAGGAGAACGGUGGCGGCGGCGGUGGUGGUUCAGGGGGCGGCGGCGGCGUCGUCGUCGGCCACCCAGCGAUCCGAGCGAGCAGUCGACUGCGGAACAGCAUAGCAGGAUCAACGCACGAAAUAGUGGUCACCGAAGAGCUGUUCAGGGAGAUGGACAGUGAAAGGGAAUACCGGCGCGUGUUUAGCAACAUGAGUUCGUCCAACGAGUCGGGAUACGAUAGCGACGGUCCCGGCAGGACGCCCGACACGUACCACCACCAUCACCAUCACCACCACCAACACCAGAAGGCAGCGGACGAGGACAGCGGGUUCGGGGACACCAAGUCACUGGCCACGGACAGCCUUAACGAAUUCGAGGAACAGUCGGAGCCGCCGUCCAGGCGCCACAGCGACAAGGACUAUAACGUGCCGUCCAUGUGUCUGUUCUACAAGAAAAACCGCGAGAUCAACGAUCGCAUAAGGUCGGACAGACAGUCGUCGAAGGACACGCCCAAUUUCCACCGUCGGAUGUUCAUCAAGAACCGUUCGUCGCCRCCCAGYAACACCGCCGCCGCCGCCGACAAUCACCUGUCAUCGUUGCCGGCCGAUCUSAACAACCUGCGGUCCUGUAUGCAAAUGGUCAGGUUGCUCAAGUCGCGGUACGAGGAUGACAUUGGCGUUUACUUGAAAAUGGUCGUCAAACACGUAGCUAAUUACAGCGAGACCCGAUUCGUCGUGAUGAAGUUAGAACCGGGAAAAAUAGCGUACAGAGACGGCAGGAUUAGAGUCGGCGACGAGAUAAUCAACGUCAACGGCAAACUGUUGCGUGGCAUCACCGACAUGUACGAGGUAGAGAAAAUACUGAAUCACAGUUUUUCCAUAGCCAACAAGUAUUACGUGGACAUCGUACUGUCCCGGUCCGAAACACCGGACUCGACCACCGCGGCGGCUUAUGACCACAGUGACGGUGCCGCCGAAUCGUCCAAGCAAAACGCCAUCUCCGUCAUCAAUCGAGUGCUAGCCAACAAAAUGAACGGUCACUCGUCAAAGUCGCCGACUCCGAGCAUGAGUACCAUGUACAUGGUUGUGACCUUCUACAAGGGUACCGGUCAUAAAUCGUUGGGAUUCAGCAUCGUGGGCGGGUCCGAUUCGCCGAAAGGCGAGAUGGGAAUAUUUGUUAAGACCAUAUUCACAAGUGGCCAGGCUGCCGAAAACGGGUCAUUGAUGGAAGGUGACGAGAUACUGUGUGUCAACGGCGAAUCUGUCAACGGAAUGACGCACGCGAUGGCCAUAAACUGUUUUAAAAAGGUACGCCAGGGCCCGCUGGAGAUAAAAGUAUGCCGUAGAAAAAUAAUUCCGGACGCUGCUUGUGGACCCAAGUGA